AUGGAUCGCCGUUACUUGAUCAAACAUGUAAUAAUACUAGUACUAAUCGGAUUCGUUAGAUGUGCCGACAAAUCUAAUGAUAAAACAGAUGAUAAUGGAUAUGGUGCUGAAGAUUCAUCGAAAGAAUUGAGACUCGUGCCAUAUAGCGAUAGUGAAGGCGAAGACGAUAAUUCUGAAGAAACACAAACAUCUGAACAGGCUAAAUCUUCUACAGGCGUUAGAGAAGCGGAAACUCAAACAGAUCAGGACACACCACAGGACUCAACUCAAUUUACCCAACCUCAACAGUACUAUGAUCCAACUCCACAACCUGGACCAGUACUGUAUUAUGUAACAUUAAAUCAACCAAUUCCUCUUCAACCAAUAACUGAACAACCACAGAUAUUACAGCAUUAUGGUCCACAACCUAUAGUUGAACCUAUUAAUUAUGGACCUCAACCUAUAUCUCAACCUAAUGAUUAUGGACCACAACCUAUUGAUUAUGGACCAAAUCAACCCAUCUAUUAUGAAUCUCCGCAACCACAAACAACUCAAGAACAACCAAUUCAGUAUUAUGACCAGCCGGGAAUGGUUCAACAAACAAAUUAUGUACCACCACCUCAGGAUAUUUCUAUGCCAGGUUCAUAUCAACAAGUUUAUUAUGGGCAACAACCUGCUGAGCCUCAACAGCCAAUACAACCUCAAUAUUAUCAACCACCUCAACCUCAACAACAGAUACAGCCUCAAUAUUAUCAACCAACUCAACCUCAAUAUUAUCAACCACCUCAAUCACAACAACAGAUACAGCCUCAAACUUAUCAACCACCUUAUGAUACUGUACCAAUACAACCUCCUCAACAAAUGCAACCUCAAUAUUUUCAACCACCUUAUGAAACUUGGCCAAUACAACAACCUCCUCAACCAUUACCUACGGCUGGGCCACAACAACCUAUUCAGUAUUAUGUACCACAACAAGCACCUGAAUUGUUACAGCCUCAAGUACCGCCACAACAGCCAAUGCCGACUUACCAAACACCUCCAUUAAUACCGGAACAACAAUUUACUCAAUCUGGUUACCCUGGUCCACAACAACCACCUUAUCCGAGACAUCCAUUACCAAUAGAACAAGCACAACCGAUUCAACCUGGUUCACAACAACCACCUUUUCCAAGACAUGGAAUACCAAUAGAACAAGCACAACCUAUUCAACCUGGUUCACAACAACCAACUUUUCCAAGACAUGGAUUACCACUUGGUCAACCAAUACCGCGUAAUCUAAGGCCUCAGUUUGGAUUACGUGGCCCACAACAACGUCCAGGCUAUCCAGGUCCUAAAUUUCCACCCUAUCCAAGACCCAGAUUACCAGUUAGACAGAGAAUGCCACCGUAUGCAAGACCACGAUUACCAGUUCAACGCCACGUUCCUCCUCUUCCAAGGCCUAGAUUACCCGUUAGACAGCCAAUGCCGCCUUUUCCAAGACCUCAAUUUGGACUACGUGGCCCACCUCCACAGCCACAACCACAACCACAACCACAACCAAGUCAUCAUUUUCCAGGACCUAUGGUCACACCAAGAGCUCCUAUACAAAUACUAACUCGACCAAGUAAUGAAAAAACUGAAUCAUCAGAUAAACCACCCAAGACAACAGAAAAAGCAGUUGACGAAACACCUACACAGCCAACUCAAGAUCACCAGCCACAAUCUGAUACAUCUGAGCCAGCCGAACCAAAAGUUACUGAAGAAUUGGAACCUGAAACUAUUCCAGUUCAACUAGAUUCAGAUGGUGAUGACGGCUUAACUGAUCAAUUAUCAGGGCUCCAACUAGCUGGUGAUAAACCUACACAGCCCAGUCAAGAUAAGGGUCCAAGUAAAACUCCAGACCAACCUCAGGAUCAACCAACUGGUGACGCUGCUGGAUCAGGAGAUGGUCAACCACCAUCAGACCAACCUGAACAACCUAGUGAAUCAGGCGGUGCUGAAGGCGGUGAUGAGCCCGAUCAACCUAAACCUGAAGAAGUUGAGGGAAAAGGUAAACGUAAAAUAUGUAAAGAAAUCAAAUUCUAUAAAAAAGAUGAAAAAGGUAACACAGUUCCAAUGACUGAGGAUGAAUAUAAAAUUGUAAAGGAUAAUGAUCAGAGGACCGUAUAUGAAUUAACAAAAAAUAUUGCAGAAUUACACUGUGACGGUGAGAAAGUUUAUAUUCAUAGAUCAACCAACUACUCUUGUAAAUCAGUAAAUUUUUUCAAAAAUCGUUGUAAUUUCUUUUUCGAAACUUCCGACGGGUUCUAUAUAUCUAACCAUACCAAAGCUGGUUGGAAAGUAUUUCCUCAUAAUUAUAGAUCAAUGGUUAAACUUUACACUAGAGAUGGUGAUGGAAAUUAUGUGUUAUUGAAACGUGAUGAUUAUACAACCACCAUUACUGAUAGAGGUUGCUACAAAUUCAUGCUUGCUCAAGGUGUAAAAUGUUAUAGGAUUAUGAUGAAAAACAGUGUAGUAUGGGAAGGAACCGAUGGUGAAGAGACUCCUGAAGUUUUUUACGUUACCGUUAAAAAUGAAGUUGUACUUUUACUUGGUGGUAAAUUUCAUGUUUAUGGGAAAAGAGCUGAUAAGUAUUUAUAUGUUAAAACUUACUCAACUUUUUAGUCGAAGAUUUAUAAAUUUAAACCUUUAAACUAAAAUUUUAAAAUUAAGACAAAUUUUAAUUAAAAAGACUUUAUAAAAAUUUUUAAAUGUUUUAACACUCAUUA